AAUAGAUUAAAAGGAAAGAAAAAAAGAAAAAGGGGAAAAAAAAAGAAAAAAAAAGAAGAGAGAGAGUCAAGAAUAUACAUACUGGUACGAAAUUCUCUUCUUUUUCUCUCCCCCGACGAAAAAUCACCAUUGGCUUCCGACGCUGUUCAUCUAAUCCGACGGCCUACAGUUAACGAGGGAGGGGAGGCAGAAAGGAUCAACCGUCAUCGUUUCUUCUCUUUCUCCUCUCUCUCUAUCUAUCAGAUUGCUGCACAAAUCAAUCUCUGUGCAGGAAAAUAUCGGUUCUUGAUUUCUUUUUUUUUUUUUGUAAAUUUAUAAAUCUAUUACUUCACCAUGAACGAGAAGGCCGGCGUUUCCAAGGAGCUGAAUGCAAAACAUAGAAAGAUUUUGGAAGGGCUUCUUAAAUUGCCUGAGAACAGGGAAUGUGCCGAUUGCAAAACCAAAGGUCCACGAUGGGCUAGUGUGAACUUAGGCAUCUUCAUUUGUAUGCAAUGUUCUGGAAUCCACAGGAGUCUUGGAGUGCACAUUUCAAAGGUAAGAUCCGCUACACUAGACACAUGGCUUCCUGAACAAGUGGCAUUUAUUCAGUCAAUGGGAAAUGAGAAGUCAAAUAGUUACUGGGAAGCAGAGCUACCACCCAAUUAUGAUAGAGUUGGCAUUGAGAACUUCAUUCGAGCUAAGUACGAGGAGAAGAGAUGGGUUGCAAAGGAUGGACAACCAAGGUCGCCUGCUAGGGGACUAGAGGAGAAGCCGUCAGUUCAAUGGCAAAGACCUGUUGAAACAAAUGCACAUGGAUUCUCUGGCCAUUCUAGGAAUUCAUAUGUUGAGAGGAAGAACUUUCAUACAUCCGCUGCAAAGGAAACCUCUGCUGCUGGGAGAACUGGCAUUCCAGCGCCCCCGAGAGGACAAGAACCUGUUGUUCCAGCCCCAAGGCCCUCAACACUUCCGCAAGAAGUUCAGAAGACAGAACCUGAUGCGUCUGAAUCUACUAAACAUGUUGCAGAAGCUGCCAAGGUUGAUUUUGCUACUGAUCUUUUUGACAUGCUUUCAGUCGAUACUCCUAAUGAAAAUGGGUCCGGAGCAGCAUCUACAGAUGAUAUGUGGGCUGGUUUCCAGUCUGCUCCUGAAACAUCGACAGCCGAACCAAGUGCCCCCACCAAACCAGAUGACAAUAAGACUCCGUCUGCCACUGGAAUUGAUGAUUUAUUUAAGGAUUCUCCAUCAAUCUUACCUACUUCUACAACUGAGAAGCCUCAAAAGGAUGUAAAAAAUGACAUCAUGAGCCUUUUUGAUAAGUCCAAUAUGGUGUCACCCUUUGCUUCUCAUCAACAACAACUAGCUAUGUUGGCACAACAGCAGUUAAUGGCAGCAGCUGCUGGUGGAAUGCUAAAAGUUCCAGGCAAUGCACCACAGGGGCCAAAUGGCACCACCUUACCAAAUCAAAGUUGGGCAAAUGCUUACCAGUAUUAUGGAAUGAUGAUGCCAUCUGCUGGAAAGAGCGAAGUGGAGAAGUAUAUGCAGGUAUGAUGCAUUAGUGGCAAAUAUCAAUUAGUAUUACAGCUUCAUUUGACAUAUAUUCUUUGUUUCUGUGCCAGAUGGGUAACUUGGGAACAUCACAGCCCCUUGGCGUUGCUGCACAAUUUCCAGCAUCCAGGUAAUAUGCUUUUUAUGUUAGUAUCAAAUGCUCAUGAUAUUGGCCUUUAGUUUUGGGGUCAUGUUUUUUUGAGAAUAGCUUGUUAAAAAACUGAAUCACUUGUUUUCUGUUCUUCCCGGAUUUACAACAUGCUAAUUACCAUUGGAAGAUAGGCAUUCACUAGAUUCAGUCAUUUGGAUCACUAGCUACAUUUUCUUUAAUCUUGUGCUUCUUCGAGCCAGUGGUUUCCUGUAUAAUGGAUUUAAGCAUUCUUUUACCUUUUAUUUAUUGAUUUGUUUUGUCUUUAACUACUAUAGAAGUUCUGGUCGACAUUCUAUAUAGCUUUUACGGUCCCUAUGUUGUAAUUAAGAAGCUAAAAUUGCUCGCCAUACAUGAAGAAGUGCAUAUUCCUGAUUUAUUUUACUUUUAUUUUAUUUUUGGGGUUAUGGUGUUGUAGCUUUUCUGUGGGACAAAAUACUUCCAGUAAUGGUCACACCGGUUCUGGAGUGAGCAAGCAGACACCAUCCUCUGUCUCUACUGCUGCCAUGCCAAAGAAAGGCGACGAGUAUGAUUUCUCCUCUUUGACUCAAGGCUUUUUCUCAAAGCAGUAAGUCUCUUCGUACAGGGAAGUCCAGACUGGCCAUUUAGUCAUAGAUUACCAGAUGAGAGAGUUACAUGAAUAGUAGUUUUUGGACGGUUCCCCUAUCAAGGGGAUUUGUACACCUGUAGAGCAGUUCUUGCGCUUUUAUCAUUUGAUGGUUUUGCUUCUAUUUAAGCUGUACUUGGAUAAUAAAGGGUCCACAUUGAUUGUAAUCGGAACAUCAUUUUGCAGCACUUUAUAGUUACACUUAAUUACUGAGCCGUACAAUAUCUGUGCAUUUGUUCUAAGUCUGUCUAUCAGGGAUAUUUGUACACCUAUCAUGAAUUUACCAUACUGCGCUUUUCUUAGCCCAUCUGAUUAAACCUCUGGAAGGAUGUUUCGGUAUGGCAAACAUCCUGCUACCACUGCUUCCUUAUUUGUGCUGUUCGAAGAAGAAUAUUGAGUUUGAAGCAAUAUAGUAGAAAGAAAUUGGAACUGUGGUACUAGUUGGCGUUUUCUAGCAGUGUUCUUGGCCAACCGACGUAUCAAUGCAUUCUUUCAGUAGGAAAUGAAAGACCAGGACGGGUACAGAUGCUCAAAUGUACCCUUCCCGUCUCAUUUUAAU